AUGAUCAAGAUUGAAAUAGGAGUACCUCCUACUGGAGACCUAGUCCCACUUCAACCUUUCUGGGCAGAUCAGAUGACCAACUUACACACAUCAAUCCCUCUGACUGUGUUUGCCAAACAUUUGCAAGAUCCAAUAUGGAGGAACUUGACCAUAAUCAUCACUCCUCGUCAUCCUCCAAGUACCCCGGAAGAGGAGGAAGAGGUAGCUGGAGACGCAGCCGAGGUGUGGCUAACAAUACAAGACACGAGGGACAUUAGAAUCACAGCAUAUUGUAGCACCCCUCCUUAUGACCUACCUAUGUUUUAA